CAUCAAACGUCACUGUACUGUUGGGUUAAAUACUGAAGAUCAAAACAGUUAUUUCAGUUUUGCUAUUUGUUUGUUAUAUUCAUAUCAGUAAUAUUUUGUUUCGAAGACAUUUGCAGUUGAGACUGUGCGUUCAAAUUGCAAAUAUUUGUUUAUGAUGGCAGGAACACGGGUGAAAGUUACAAAAAAAAUAUAUACUUGCGAAGAUAAAGAUGCUUGUUUGUAUGCUCAUAACAAAGUUCGCUCGUAUCAUAAAGUUGAACCCUUAGUUUGGGACACAAAACUGGCUACAAAUGCAAAGAAUUGGGCAAUCCACUUAUUGGAAAACGAUCUUUAUGAUCAUGCUUACGGUAUUAAUGAUGGUGAGAAUUUGUAUAGAAUACCAAGUGCUUCUCAUCGCGCUUAUCACGCUGUCCAUUUCUUCUAUCAGGAAAUUGAAAAUUACGACUUCAGGAGAAUGAGCGAACCUAACAGUACAUUGAGCGAUGAUGAAUUUGACGAGGUUGGUCAUUUUACUCAAGUUGUUUGGAAGGAUGCAAAAAAAGUUGGAUGUUGUGUAGCUUUUGACAAGAAAUUAAAGAAAACCAUUAUUGUUUGUCGAUAUAGUAUUAAACAAAAUCAAAAUUAUUCCGAACAAGUCCUUCGGCAAAAUGUAAAUGGAAAUGGUGAAUUAUUCAUCCCGAAGUGUGAAGAUCUCAUUUGCGAAAACGAUGUGGAAACAACCUUAGAAGGUGUUGACCAUUACAUCAUGUUUUAAAUAAAGGGUGUAUUUAUGCGCACUUGAUUCUCCUAUUGUGAAAAGAAGAAACUCAAAAAAUAA